CUUCAUUCAUAUUUUAUUUUUCCGUGUCGCGUGUAUAUUUUUUUCAGAGGAAUUAAUAUAUUAUAUAUAUAUAUUUUUUUUUUUAAUUUUAUAAGACAUUUAUUUCAAUAGAAGUGUAUAUAUAUUUUCUGGCGCAUAUAGCAAAUAUUUGCAAACAUUUCAGAACAAUAAGAGUGCGAAGAUGAGUAAGCUUAGCUCACGAGUCACUCGUAUGCCGUACAGGCAACUCUACGAUAGCGAGAUUGACGAUUUGAUAAACAUACGCAAGGGCCUUAAGUUGCAUAAUGAUGAACUCGUUGACGUGACCCCGAAACUACUGACUCUGGAAUAUACUAAGGAGCGCAGAUAUAAAGCAUUGAAUGAAACGUUGAAGAAUGAUUUCUGCCCAACAGAGUCUUCGACACGCGAGAGCAAUAUCAGCCGACAUAGUGUGGCGAGCCAUUCCAGCGUACAGAGAUUUAAGUUGGGCGGUCUUCGUUUAUCCUUGGACGAUGUAAUAUAUAAUGUCGGCAGUUUGCAUAACGUACUCACAACCGGCGAAGAGGAGGAGCUACCCAUAUAUUAUGCGCCCAAAAGUGAACAUAAAUAUCCGUUCAUAAAAAUCAUGUUACGGCCUAGUCCCGAAAUUUUUUUAUAUGAAUCGACAAGCUACACCGUACCAAAAGGUACAAAACUGGGCGAACUUGUUGAAGAGGAUAAUAAGAUCUAUGAUUAUUUGACAAUUGGGCGUGGCAAUGUACGAAGGCGUAGUGAGGCGGAGACCCAGACUAUAGAUGCGGAAAUGAAAACACGUUAUGUCAACACGUAUUUUCGCAAGUUUGAGGAAAAGGGCACAUAUGUAUCCUUCUUUGAGAUGUAUGAUACUUAUAAGUCCAUUUUAAAAUUCGAUCACGAUCAAACAGUUCACAAAAAGGACAGAAGAGUUAGUAAAACGUACGAUGCGGAGUUUAAGGUGGAAUUAGCUCAGCUUUCGGAGAACUCACGAUUCAAAUUCGCUAGCAUGAUUAUGGAGCGCUUAUUAGCGGGUAAUGUAUAUCAGAAGAGUCAACAAAAUUUUCGUAAUUUCCAUAAAGCUAGUAAAUUGGAUGCAGUUGCCGAAUACCGUUACCAACCCGAAGUGAUAUUCACAUUGCAAGCGCCUCUAUUUGGCGCCCAACAUAUAACGGGUAUGACGCGUAAAGCCGUCUCGGAUAUUAGUUUUUGCUACGGUAAUGGCGACAUUGUAGCUGUGGCCUAUGGUCUCUUCUCAUAUUCGGCCUUAAUUACUGUAUCCACGGGUGAUGUAUGCAUUUGGAGUAUUAAAAAUCCACUGAAUCCUGAACGGUCUUAUCGCUACAAUAUACCAGUGACCUCUGUGGAAUUCUCACCAUUUUUACCAUUUCUACUGGCGAUCGGGAUGAUGGAUGGCACCGUCGAGGUACGGAAUAUAACAAAUCCCGACGAUCCACCUAUUGCGGUUUCUCAACGUAGCUCAUCACUUAAUGGUGAUCCGGUGAUUGCUUUGAAGUGGAUCAAACAGCCGCAAGACAAGCACGACACGGAUCCGAUAUUGGCUCUAUCGUCGAAUGGUUCGGUGUGGAAGUAUUACGUUAUACCCAGUCCAUAUCUGUUGGGUUUCAAGCAGAUGGUGCUCUAUCGCGCAGUUGGUCAACCUGAAGGCUUGCAAGUCAAGCAAUACGCGAAUCCAAUUGAACUGUUUGCGAACAGACGUCCGCUGGGUCUAAACAUCACAUUGCAUCCACAGUUGAGAGAUAUUUACUUUAUGCUCACCGAUGAGGGCUGCGUGUACGAGUGUUCGACAAAUACGACACAUACAUAUUUGGAUGUUUGGCAGACUCAUGCGGGGUCGGUUAAUUAUAUGGACUUCUCUCCGUGGUCGCCGAAGCUGUUCCUAACUUGUGGCAAUGAUUGGUGCAUUCGCAUCUGGAUGAAUGGUAUUAUGAAGCCCCUAAUAACGUUGAAAGACAGAAUGAGGCCAAUUUAUACGGCUCAAUGGAGCCGCUCACACUCCACCGUAAUUAUAUCCAACAAUCGUAGCACGCUCGAUGUUUGGGAUAUACAUCGCAAUUUAUUGACACCAGUUUCACGCACAAAAUUAAGCACUGCCUUCAACACGAUGUUCACACACAGCCUUUGUGGUAAUAAUUUGGCGGUCGGUAGUGAACGCGGCGACGUCUACAUUUGUACGUUGGUAAAAAUGCCUUUUCAGCCAUACUUUCAGUACGAGGAGUUGCGGCGUUCCCUGUUCAAUGCAAUUUCAACGUAUCCCGAUUUAAUAAGCGAGCUGAAUAAUAUCGGAUUUUUCGGUUAUCCAAAUAAGACUUUUCGGCUACAAAAAUGAAUAUCCACUCAAUUCUGGCAACACAAAAUCCGCUCGCAGUCUUUUAAAGUGAUAAAAUUAAUUGUAAAGUAAAUGUAAAUUAAGUGAGUAUAGGGUGAAUGAGGUAUGUAUGUAGAAAGGAACAUUGUUAUUAUAAACGAAAGGGUGGUAAAUUCUUAAUAGAAAUAAUAAAUAUAAUAUGAUAAAAACA